AGGCCGUCACCGGCGUGUGGGAACUCGGGUUCUCGAGUAACUGAGUCCGCAGACCCGCGUCCGCACCGUUGCGGGGCUCGUCAAAAGGCCGUGGGACUCCGACACCGACUGGCGGCGAGUGUGGCUCUGCCAUCCUGACCGUGAGCCUUGGACGACCGCUGGGGCAGCCCCUGGGCGCUGGGUCCAGAGAUCAACAAAACCCGUGCAGCGGCUUCGCUCUGCUCUUGUUUUGAAGUGAACACCAGUCCGUCUGCAGUUUACCGUCUCCGGCAGGCACCGGCGUUUCCGCGGCUCGGCCUCUCCGUGCAGACGGCGGUGGCAGUGACCUCCGUGGUGCAGACAACAUGACCCGAAAGGCGGCGGGGUCCCCACCACCGCACCCUGCUCACAGGGACCGGGACCGGGACCGGGACUGGGGUGGCGAGCGAGAGCGAGGCCGGGAUCGCAGGGCCAGAAGCAGAGACCGGACGCCGCAGGCCCGCUGGCCGCACACCGGGCACCCCAGAGGCCGACCCCCGCAGCGGGACCCGUCCCCCCCCGAGCUGGAGACACCGGCGCCGACCCCAGGCCGAGAGCACAGGCUCAGAGGCCCUGGGCCGCCCCCCCAGGAUGCAGACGCUGUAUCCUACCAGGAUGUGGUGGCUCUAGCUGGGGACCGGAAGCCUCAGAAUCCGAUCCAGGACAACAUGGAGAACUACCGGAAGCUGCUGUCACUGGGGGUUCAACUCGCCGAGAACGAUGGCCACUCCCACCUGACACACGGCCACCCCUCGCGGUCGUGGAGAAGCGCCCACCCCAGCACCAGCCGAGGUCUGAAAGCCGUGCCUGACGCCAAAAAGCCGGCCCACCGGCGGGGGAUCUGUGAGGACGAGUCCUCACACGGGGUGAUCAUGGAAAAGUUCCUCAAGGACGUUUCCCGCAGUCCCAGGCCGGGCAGGGCGCGUGAGUGUAGCGGGCGGCCGCCAGGCCCCCCCAGGUGGCCGGACCAGGACCGCAGUGGCCUCCCGCCCCCUCCGCGGGAGCCCCUGACGCGGGCGCGGGGCCUGGGAGGCCAUGCUCUUGCGGGGGGCUUUCCUUUCCACGCGAGCCUGGUCUCCAAAAGGAGAGCUCUGGAAAGAAAACGGCGCUACCACUUGGACGCGGAUGGGCAGGGUGCCCCCCACGACCAGGGUGGCUGUCCGAGGAAGAGACCUGCGGCCUGCGGUGAGGUGAGGAAGUCCGCGAGCUCCAGCAGCCUGGGCGCCCCCGCCUCGGCCGGGCCACAGCCCCCCGACCCCUCAGCCCUGCCGCACGUGUGCGACGAGUGUGGCCGCUGCUUCCGCGUGGUCUCCGGGCUCGUGGAGCACCAGAUUCUGCACACCAGGGAGAGCCUGGACGAGUACGGCGAGUCCUUCACCCACAGCGUGGCUGUCAGCCAGGCGCAGAAGAGGCGGGCGGCAGCGCGCAGCGAGCGGAAGGGGUGGGGGUGCGCCUCCGGGGAGAGCACGGGCCCGGCCGAGCGCCGCAGAGCCCACGUCCGGGAGCCCCCCGCCGAGCGCCAGGAUGGGGAGCGCGAGGAGCCCUUCGUGCCGGGCCCGCCCUUCGGCGAGCUGCAGAGGGUGUUCGGGCCGGACAAGUUCUACGAGUGCCAGGUGUGCCGGGAGAGCUUCCUCCACAGCUCGGCGCUGGCUGACCACCAGAAGGCCCACGGCAAAGGCCCGCUCCCCGACGGCAGAGAGGAGGGUCGGGGGGACGCCUUCAGGCCCAGCCCCACCCUGAGCGAGCUGCAGAAGAUGCACGGCAAAGACCGAGUGUACGCGUGCAAGGUGUGCGGGGAGGCCUUCCCGCAUGGCUCGUCCCUGCGCGAGCACCGGCAGGCCCACGCCCGGGGGAAGCCGAGCGACGGCCAGGGCCAGCCGUACGAGGAGACUUUCGUCCCCGGCCAGAAAAGGCGUCAGAAGACUCACUCGAAAGAGAAGUUCUACGACUGUCAAGAUGGGGGGGAGGCCUUUCGGCCCAGCCCAGACCCCGGCGAGCGUCCGAAGACGCCUUCCUGGAAGACCCUCUACGAAGGCAGGGGCUGGGGGCACGAGCUGCCCGGCGCCCCCAGUGGGGCCUGCGCCGACUCCCAGAGGAGCCACACCAUCGCGCGGGCCCCGGAGGACGGGGAGGGCGAGAGGGCGUUCGUCACCAGCGCCCGCCCCGCCCCGGCGCAGACGGGUCCCGUGAACGGAAGCGCGCCCGAGAGGAAGCCCCGUGCGCUGCCCGGGCCCCCCGGCCUGCCCUCGGCUGACGGGCAGAGAAGCCACAGUGCGGGGGGGCCCAGGCGGCUGGACGUGCUCGAUGAGCCCUGUGGCCAGAGCACGGCGGCCAUGGCGCCCCCCAGCGGCUGCCCGGGAGAGAGCGGCCCUGGCGGGGAGGCGUGUGAGAGGCCCGUGGUCCUCCACUUGGCUGCUCUGCAGUGCCCCCAAAGUCGUGGUGGGGCUGAGCCCGUCCAAAAGGACGGCGAGAAGGCCGGGGCCUCCGCUGGUCCCCCAGGCCCGCGUGGUGAGCGGCAGGAGGCCCUCGGCGGGGAGAGUCCGUCCGCAGGCGUGGCGCGUGAGGCCCCCACCGAGCCCCAGGAGGGCCUCGCGGGAGAGGCUGGGGGGUCGGAGAAGGACCGCGCGUCACCGGCCCCCGACUCCCAGGUCCGCGGGCACCAGAAGGCUCGCGCCAAGAAGAAGAACAUCGAGCAGGGCGGCCACGGGGCCCCCGAGGCUCAGCCCCUGCGUCCGGGCGCGCCUCGCACAUCUCGGCCCCGGGAGCGGGCCCACGAGUGCCGGGCGUGCGGGGCGUCCUUCGCGCUCGGGGCUGAGCUCGCCGCGCACCACAAGACCCACGGCCCGAAGCCUGCGGGUGGUGGGAGCGGCCUGGCGGUCCCUCGCGGUGUGGCCCCCGCCCUCCCGCAGACGAGCUACGCCCUGGAGCCGGAGCUGAGGGCUGGCCCCGCAGAGCCCGCCCCGCAGCCGGCCGCCGGCGAGUGCAGGGAGUGCGGGGCGCGCUUCGCCAGCCUCGAGGGCCUGCGCGCGCACCAGAAGGUCUACGCGGGGGAGAAGAUCCACGCGAGGCGGCUGUUUGGAAACCCUGGCGUCCAGGGGGCCGGCCGAGCGGGCCCUCCGCGGGAAGAGCCUCCGCGGGGGGAGCCGGGCCAGCAGGCGGGGGCCGGGCAGGAGGGCGGGGAGGACGGCGAGGGCGAGGACGACGAGGACGGCGACUCCAUCUACGGCUGCGGGGACUGCGGCCUGGGCUUCGCCGACCGGGCGGACCUGAGGGACCACCGGAAGGUGCACAGCAGGGAGUACCCAGUGGGGGCCCGCGAGCCUGCGCGCACUGAGCCCCGCGGGCCCCGCGUCAGCGAGUACCAGCGCGACCACGCCGGGGAGCAGCUGUACGAGUGCCCGGCCUGCGGCGAGUCCUUCCUGCACAGCUCCUUUCUCUUCGAGCACCAGAAGGUCCACGAGCAGGACCCCUUCUACGGCUUCAGGCGGCUGGAUGAGCCUUUCCUGCAGCCCCUGAUCCUGCAGCCACGGCGGCCUCGCGCCCCCCGAAGGGCCCCCCGCGCCGGCACAUCCCUGGAGUGCCAGGUGUGCGGCCAGGACUUCGUCCACGCCUCGCUGCUGAUGGAGCACAUGCGGGUCCACCCCGGGGCCAGCUUGCCAGACGCAGGGCAGCCGAGCGAGGACGCCGCCGGCCCGGGCCUGGCCCUCACCGAGCUGCAGAGGAGCCAGACCGAGGAGAAGCAGCACGAGUGCAAGAUGUGCGGGGAGGCGUUCCUCAGCCGGGCGGCCCUGCGGGAGCACACGAAGACCCACAAACGGGGGGAGCCCUACGAGUACGGGGCCUCCUUUGUCCACACCUCGUUCCUCACAGAGCCCCCCAGAAGGGGCCUGCCCUUCUACGAGUGCAAGGACUGCGGGGAGUCCUUCAUCCACAACACCGUCCUCACCAAGCACCAGAAGCUGCACCUCGAGGAGGAAGCGGCCACCGCGGCUCAGGAGGCCGAAGCCAACGUCCUCGUCCCCCGAGAAGUGCUGCGGAUCCGGGGGUCCGGUGUCCAGGCCGCGCAGCCCGAGGUGGAGGCUGCGGAGCCCGACGGGGAGGCCGGAGGGCCCGACGGGGAGGCUGCGGAGCCCGACAGGGAGGCGGAGCAGCCCCACACCGGGGACGCUGACGAGCCUGACGGCGCUGGGAUCGAAGACCCGGAGGAGAGCGCCGAGGAGCCCGAGGGGGACGCGGAUGAGCCGGACGGCGCCGAGUUCCACGACCCGGAAGAAGCAGGGGACCCCGAGGUGGUGCCGGGGGGCGAGCCAUGCCAGGGCCGCGGGGAGCCAGGGGAGACCGCCCCGCCCCAGGCUGCCUGGGGGCCGCCUCUCACAGCCCAGGUGGGGGUGGUCGUGUUGGAGCCCCGCAAGGUCUCUGGGGAGGGCUCGCGCUCCUCUGCCGGCGCCGGGGACAGAGAUGGGGCCGGCAGCGGUGGCCGCUUUAGGUGUGACGUCUGCGGGCAGCUCUUCUGUGACCGCCUGGACCUCGCAAGGCACCAGGACGCCCACACCGGAUGAGGACGCAGGCGGCCCCGCCGCGUCCCAGCUCCGCAGCGCCGGAGCAGCUUGCUUGGCUCGUGCGCACCCACGGGGCGCCGGACAGCGCGGCUGGACCCGCCGCAGGCCCAGGCGCCUCGUUUCAGCCUUACCCCCCCCACCCCGCAGCCCGAGCGCCUCUGCCAGGAGUCCUGGGGAGUCCGGCGCUCCGGACUGCGCCCCCCCGCCAGCUGUAAAUAGCAGCCCCGUGGGCGCGGCUCCGCGUGUGCGAGACCAGCACUGCAGCGCCGUGGGCGUCUGCGCUUAUUUUUUUUUCCCCUUUUUGGAGGAGGAAGAGAGCAACAAAUCAGCACCUGUCUGUGCACGUCGUGUCCGCGGGAGGCCGCGUUUCGUGUGUCACCGUCCUCAUGCUUGUGUGUGACGGGCCCGGCCGGCGUGAGAAGCAUCUGCGCCGCCUCAGCUCGCGUCCACGCCGGCCUCGGCCUCGUGCCCAGCCGCCUGCGCCGCGCCCCCCGCCUGCUGUGACCCAACCCCGCGGUUGCCGCCUCGUCGCUUGCAGUGAUUUUACUCAGAAAUAGGAGGUCUUGUUAUUUUUUUAUCCACCCCGAUGUGUGCUCAGUAGCGACUUCCCGAGAGCCCAGGCCUCCCCGUCAGUCUCACGCCUUUGCCUUCGGAGCGUCGCCACCGGCAAAGCUCACAGCAGUGCCUGCCGCGGCCGCGGGGCCCUGCUGCGCGCGAGGGUGCAGGCUGGCGGCCCCGCGUGCGCUUCCUGCCUUAAGUGGCGCGUCCCGCUCCCUGGUGAGUGCCGGGGCGCGGCCUGCGCCCCAGAGCUGUGUCCUCGGAGCUUCCUGUCCCCCCUCGCCGCCCCGCCCGCCCGCUGCCCCAUGUACGGCUUCUGUUUACAAAACCUAUUUAGAAAAAAAAAAAAAAUUCUUUACAGUCAACCCAAGCUUCACACGGACUCAGGUUCCCGGCGGCCUUAACUCGUCUCGUCUGCGUGUGUCCCCGCCCGAGCGCGCCCCUGGGCCUGUGCCGUCCCCGCCGGCCUCGCAGCCAGAGGCCCUUCGUGCUGUCCCGUCGCCCCCCGCGCCCCCCGCAUCGUGACAAGACACUGCUUGUCUUUGAGUUGGCUGGAAAAAAAAAUUUAAAAAUUAAAAAAAACCUUAAAAAAGCAGAUCUGUAGGUGGAGAGAGGCGGCCAGCGCAGGUGGCGCGGCAGCGUGAGCGCCCGCCCAGGCGGGUCUGUCUCCUGGAGCCAGCGCUCCGGCCCCGGGGGGCGUCUGGCAGGGAGGGCCACGUCGGGCCGCCGCGAGCGGCAGAAAUGAGUUAAGCCAAAGAAGGGAGCCCCGGCGUGCGCACCGGAGGGCAAGGGCCCAGCUGGGGGUGCCAGAGCGCGGCUGCGGGCUGGUCGGUGGAGUGGAGCAGGAGGCCUGUCCCGGAGGAGGCGCGGCCUGUUGCUGGCCAGUGUAGGUCCGGGCCAGCUGCACAGAAAGGCCGGAGGUUGGAAGGGACGCCCAGGAAGUCGAGGAGGGCGCGGGCGGAGGGCCUGGGCCGGGCCGGUGUGGCCACUGUCAGGGCAACGGGUUCACGGCGUUGGGCCGGGUUCGCGGCUUCAGGCCCGGUUCAUCGGUCGGACCUUCCAGGAAGCAGCUGGCCAAGGGUCAGGCUGUCCUUUCCAACCUCGUUCUAGUGGAGAACUCGGACGCUGGCUGCCCAGCGGCGGGGGAGGGCGCGGUGAGCCUCCCUGCGGGCUUGGUGCAGCCGCGCGCGGUGAUGAUCACGGAGAGUCAUAGAUUUAUGGAGAGGAAGUGGAGGAAGCAGGACGCAGAAUUAUAUUUAUACAAUUAUAGCGCUUAAACAAUGUGUGCUUCUAGUCAAAAGCCGUUGUGUUGCUGUUGUAGGCUUGUAGUCGAGCAUUAUUUUCCUAAAUUCCGAGAACGUUCUUUAUGAUCGUGUGAGUAAAGUUUAUAAUCCCGUUUCCAUCGUGAGCAUAAUCUGUCCUGGUCAUCAGAUAUGUGGAAAAUACAGAAAACUGGAGGAGAAAAAUCCCACACCCCACCGUCCACAGAAGAGGUCCUCUUCGGCGCGCUGGUGCCCCUGCUUCUGUGCACAGCUUCACCGUCGUACCUGUCCCGUGUGCACGCGGAAGCGCGUCACCAUGCCUUUGUGGGGUACGCUUCAGUGGUUCCCCCUUGUUUCCCCGCUGUCCCUUAUCAUCGUGUUCUGAUAACAGAGUUGACUAUGUUCCCAUCGCAUUCGUAAUACACGCCCAGAGGGGAAAUUGGGAGGUGGCAGUAAAUGAGAAAACGCGCGCGUAUCCCCAGCCCCCGGCCUGUGCUGCGGGCUCGUCGGGCUCCUCCACCUGGGGUCGCGCAGAAGCGUGUGGCUGUGACGGCGCCGGCGCGCGCGGAACGUCCGCAGCGGGAAACGCGGGGCAUCCUUCGUAGCGUCGUCAUGUGGGCCUAGGGUUAAGCAUUCCGUCUCAAAUCUCUUGAUCCUGGCGUUCGGUAUUCACCCUUAUACAUGUAUUUUCGCGUCGCGAAUGAACAUAUACUCGUAGCAAGCUGCAGCGUGAGCAGAGCAGACGAGGAGUCACGCGUGUUCCCAGCCCCGGCUGCGGCGAGGCCGUCUGGGAGCAGGCCCGUGACUGUCAGCACGUCCGAGACGCGCGCAGACGCACAGAUGGGGAGGGACACGCACGCGGCCGUGGGCACAGCCGAUGGGCUCGUCUCGGACGGCCCCUGACCUGCCCUCGCUGCGGACAUUUCCACCGUCAACAAAGCGCGUGUUCGUUACAGAGUUUGAAGUCGCGGAAGUGUAGGAGAGAGAACCACCCGUUUCACCAUCCAUGGGCUGGGACUGACAUCUUGAUGUUUCCCUCAUCUUGUUUCUGUGCACAGGUUUUUGGUUUGUCAAUAUGAUGUAGUCGUUCUAUCUAUCUAUCUGUAAUAGCGUCGAGAUAAAAAUAAAGUUUAAAAAAAUAAGAUAAGCCUUUAGUCUCUCUUGUCCA